AUGUCAGCUUCAAAAGUUGCGAUCUCUCUGACUGGUGCUACAGGCUAUAUCGGCGGAUCCGUGCUCACCCGCCUCCUCCAUCACCCCAGCGCUGCCACGUUCGACAUUACCGUCUUUGUUCGAUCUGCAGAAAAGGCCAAGCUGUUAGAAAAGAAAUUUGGCGUCAAAGCUGUCGUCGGGACACAUGCUGAUUCUGACAAGCUUGAAGCGCUUGCGGAGCAGUCGCAUGUCGUCUUCUCAUGUGCUGACGCAGACAACCUUCCUGCGAUGCAAGCGAUACUACGUGGGUUGCGUAAGAGACAUACGGCAACUGGAGACGUUCCUAUUCUCAUCCACACGUCCGGAUCAGGUACCGUCUGUGAGAUGGCUGGCGGCAUGUUCGCAUCGGAGACCGUAUACUCCGACAUGAAUGUCGACCAGAUCAAGUCCAUUCCCCCCACAGCGCCACACCGGGCGCUGGAUCUUGCGAUUGUGGACGCAGAUAUCCAAGGUUAUGCUCGGACAUAUAUCAUCCUACCCUCUAUCAUCUAUGGCAUUGCAUCAGGUCCCUUGAUUGAUGCAGGGAUAUCGAACCCGUUCUCUAUGGGUAUUCCCAUCGCUGUUCGAAUUGCAUUCGCUAGGGGACAGGUAGGCAUGAUCGGUACAGGAAAAAAUUCAUGGCCAAACGUCCACAUUGAUGACUUGACAGAUUUGUAUAUCGGAAUCUUUGACGCAGUCAUGAAAGACAGGGAAAGCAUAGGCCACGGCUGGGAAGGCUUCUACUUUGGCGAGAAUGGCGAACAACCGUGGUACGACGUGUAUAAGGCCAUUGCACAAGCGCUCGUCGAAUUGGGGAUCGGCAAGUCAGGCGAGCCAACGACAUACACGACCGAGGAAGUGAUAAAAUAUAUGCGCUCCGCGGGGGUUGGCGAUUAUAUGGGAGCCAAUUCGCGCUGCCGAGCAGAUCGCGGUCGUUCGAUUGGCUGGAAGCCGAGCAGGACGUCAGAGGAUAUGCUGAAGAGCAUUAAGCCCGAGGUGGAAAUACUGUGGAAGAAGAAGCUACAGGAUGGUGCAUAA